UUUUAUGUUGUAAGCAUGACUUUCUUACUUGCAUAUCAGUUUAUAUUCAUCCGCCAUCAGAUGGAGUUUUCGGAAGGAGAGGACGACAGUGACAGCACGGAAAGAAAUUGCGUUUCUGAUGAUCUGAGUCAUCCGAUUACGGUUUAUUUUGUCCACAAUGAAGCUAUGACCAGUGAGUGUGACCAUCAUAAAAUCCCACCUGAUUCUAGUUUAACAUGUGUGAAGGAGAAAAGGAAUGUGCCUCACAAAUUUGAUAACACUGAGAAAACAAAAGACAUUGAGCCGAUAGCAAAGGCAUCAGACAAAAGUAAGAAAAAGGACAAAAAGAAGCAAAGUAAACUACAACUGUGUCAAUCUGUUAGUAAGAAAAAGAAAAAGAAGGAAAGGGUUGUAUCCCCCGAUUUUGUUAAUGCAGGAGAACUCAAAACUAAGAAGUUAAAAAAGAAAAGAAAACUGGAUAAAUGUGAAGAAAGUCAUGAAAGUCAUCGACUUAAGAAACGAAGGAGAGGAGGGCAAAAAAAUAAAAAGACUACUGAAGCAGAAGCAAGUGAACCAAGUAACAAAAAUAAUAACUCUUUUGGUUAUAACAAACUACAAAAACAAUUUCAUCCUAAACCUGCCAGAAAUGUUAUUGAUAUUUAUGGAACCAAAAAUAAUCAUAAAGUAUUUAACUCCUCUGAGGAGGACACACCUGCUGUACAAGAAUCUGUGAAUGGAAUGGAAGAUGAUAAUAUACCUGGGGAGGAACAGCAGGAAUCAUUAGAGCAGGCCAAGAAAAGGUUGUUAGAGAAAGUUAAACAAGAAUACCACAGUCUGACGGAUAAUUCCUACACAUUUGAUAGACAUCUGCUGAUUAAAGAACCUGUCGGUGAGAAUGUGCAUGUGUAUGAGAAUGGACAACUUCAUCAACAUGGGAAGGAGCAGGUCAACACUGGCAUGUCUCAGGUGUGUUUGCAAUGGGAGUCCCUUAUGGAAACAAGACUAUUGGACAUCGUAUAGAACAGAUGAUCAGCAGAGGUUAUGUCGAGACCGAUUGUACAGUGUUAUAGACAGAACGCAAGAUGUCGAGACCGAUUGUACAGUGUUAUAGACAGAACGCAAGAUGUUGAGACCGAUUGUAGUGUUAUAGACAGAACACAGGAUGUUGAAACCGAUUGUACAGUGUUAUAGACAGAACACAGGAUGUCGAGACCGAUUGUAGUGUUAUAGACAGAACACAGGAUGUCGAGACCGAUUGUAGUGUUAUAGAUAGAACACAGGAUGUUGAAACCGAUUGUACAGUGUUAUAGACAGAACACAGGAUGUCGAGACCGAUUGUAGUGUUAUAGACAGAACACAGGAUGUUGAGACCGAUUGUACAGUGUUAUAGACAGAACACAGGAUGUUGGGACCAAUUGUAGUGUUAUAGACAGAACACAGGAUGUUGAGACCGAUUGUGCAGUGUUAUAGACGAAACACAGGAUGUUGAAACCGAUUGUACAGUGUUAUAGACAGAACACAGGAUGUUGAAACCGAUUGUACAGUGUUAUAGAUAGAACACAGGAUGUUGAGACCUAUUGUACAGUGUUAUAGACAGAACACAGGAUGUUGAGACCGAUUGUUCAGUGUUAUAUAUAUAGACAAAACACAGGAUGUUGAGACCGAUUGUGCUAUGGAAAGAAUAUGGUUCCUUCUGAAUAUUUGUGACAUGUCAUUACGUCAUAACUGCAGUGUACAAUGAUUAUGAUUAUUUAUGAAUUUUAUAAGCUAAUUCUAUACAUGUACAUUUUGUAUUGAAAUUUUGUUUACUGUUAUUCUGAAUACAGAUACAGAAGACUAAA